UCCUGUUUCUAGGCGACACACGAAAGCGUUCCUGUUGGACUCGCUGUUGCAUCCAUUCCAGGGUGAAAGGAUGCUGCCAUUAGAGCACCUUCACCUCAAACAUGUCCUGCAGACAGUGUGUUCCCUGGAAGCAGUCAUCCUUCGCAGUUUUGGGCCUGAGGGAGGACAGGUGUUGUUCACCCGUGACACGGGACAGGCAAUGUUGAGCCGCAGUGGGACCCGCAUUCUUACAGCACUAAAUCUGGAGCAUCCACUGGCCAGGAUGGUAGUGGAGUGUGUCUGGAAGCACAGCACAGUAACAGGUGAUGGAUCCAAGACUUUUAUUCUACUCCUGGCGUCACUACUGCGAAUGAUUAAUUUAACAGCCAGCAAGGAGCCCAAUGUGUCUCAGUCUUACGACACCAAAGAGGCAGCAAAGGCUGCAACUGCCAGGCAUUUGGCUGACAAACUGCUAGCAUUUGCGUUGACAGAGUUAGAUGAUCUCAUUGCUGAGUAUGUGGCGCCUUAUGGAUUCUGCGUUUCAUUGGAGGAGUUCACUCCAAAAACACAAUCACCUCACUGCACAAAUUGCCAUUUUCUUCAUACUUUUCUAUCAUCAUUUUUUCACACGCGUCUUAGUCAUGUGCACUGUGACUUUAUUAGUGACCUCACAUGUGAACUGCUCAGUCACUGGAAGCUUAAAAAUGACCCAACUUAUGUCUCACUUCAGUUUUUGGACGACAGCUUCCCUGCACUACAUACACCUGUUGCAGGGUUUCCUGUAAACUGUUCAUGUUUGAUUGAGGGGCAAGUAAUUCACAGAGACUUUGUUACACCAUGCAAAAGCAGCAAACAACCAGUUAAGGCUGUAGUUUUCACAGAGUACCUGCAGCCAAAAUUGCUCAGUCAAGGAGAUGUGCUUGAGUUGUGUUGCACCGAUGAAGUGAUGGAGGAGAAAAGUAUUGUGCACUUUAGUUCCUGGACGGAGAGGUCCCUAGAGUGCAUCAUUGCAAAGCUGCAGAGUUUUGGUGUCUCUGUGCUUCUGUCUUCAGUUAAACAGUCAGCUGCUGUUCUGGCUUUAGCCACACAGGCUGAAAUGUGUCUUGUGGAGUGUGUCAGUGAAGAAGAACUUUCUCUCUUUGGCAAGUUAAGUGGCACUGCACCUGUGUUGGAAAGUUGGAAAAUCCAACCAGAGCAUGUUGCUACACUCAGUUUUUGUCAACCGAUACUGCUUGGAGCUCACAGAUAUGUUCAUGUGGCUUUCUGUGAUUCAGAAGAAAAACCUGUAGCUAAACCCUGCAGUCUGGUGAUUUGUGCCCCAGUGGAAGGGCAAACUGACCAGUACGCUCGUGCAUUUCAAGAUGCCAUUCGCAUGCUGCUUACAACUUGGGAACCCAUGCCCAUGCCUGAGAAUGCUGCAUCAAAAAGACCUUUGCAGUCACAUAACUCCACAUCUUUACAUGGUGAUAAUCUGACUAACAGCACCUCAUGUGGAUCCUCUAGUAUGCUUCCCCUUCAGAAGCAUGUGGUAGAGCCAGGUUGUGUAAUACCUGCAGGUGGGACAUUUGAGUUUCUCUUGCACCAUGCCCUCUUUCAGUAUGCCCACAGAUGCUUAGCUUCUGAUGACACAAAAAAAGACAUUCAUGUUUCCCAGCUCUUGGCAAAUGCCUUAUUGAGCGUGCCACGACAGAUUUACUCUCACAGUUCAAAACUUUUCCUGCAGACUCAAACCAGGGUCAUGACUUUUAUUUCAAAUCAUUCCCUGCCUUUCAACCUUGUACUUAAACAAGCAAACAACACAGGCCCCAUACAGACUGAAUGUCACGUGGAAGAUUGUAAACUAAGCUCAAAUUGUUUUAGAAAGGAUGUUAUGCCAUCAAACUUUUUUCUGUUGGAUUUGGGCCUUGAAUCUGUGUCUUGUAAAUAUAAGCUGCUACUGUCUGUGUUGCAGUGUGUCACAAGUCUCCUGCGGGUAGACGCAGUGCUCCAUAUUCACAACACACAAUCACACCGACUCACAAACUCUUCCUGGGAGGGCACAGAGGAUGAAGCUGAGGGCUGAGAUUGUGUUACACUAAAAUCAAAGCAAUAAACAUCUUUUUCUCUUAGUGCUAAGGGAACCACUCAAAAGUUGAAGGAAAUAGUUUGCACUGUAAUGCUAGUUGUUACAGCAGUAUUUAUAUGAUUUGCAUUUCUUUGUUCCU